CUACUUCUUGCCUAUCAGACAGCAGUGAGGGCAGGCAUAGCUCCACGACAUCUGUAUUGACGUCCAGAGUUGGAAUGUGAAGCAUGGCUGGGGAAGGCGAAAAGAAACCAGUGCUGGAGAUGGUCCAGGCCGAUGGGGCUGAUGAGGGCUGUGUGACGUUUGUGCUGCAUGAUGAAGACCAUACACUGGGCAACUCCCUCCGAUAUAUGAUCAUGAAGACUGUGGAUGUGGAUUUUUGUGGCUACACCAUCACCCAUCCGUCUGAGAGCAAGAUCAACUUUCGCAUUCAGACACGAGGGGGAAUUCCAGCAACAGAGCCGCUGCGGAGAGGCCUGAAUGACCUCACUGAUGUAUGUCAACAUGUUCUCAACACCUUUCAGGCGAGAGUUGAUGAGUUCAAAGAGAGGCAGGAGCAGCCCAUGGAAUGAAGAGCAUAGAAUAUGUGUGACUAUGAAACUGUCACACAGUUUCUACAGAGUUUGAUCAUGUCAUAUUUAAACAUUUGUACAGUUUUUCUUUUUUUUGUAUUAUGUUGGGAUUGAUGCAUGAUGUGUCCUUGUGUAUCAGUCCUGUGUUCAUCAGUCCUGGAUUUUUGGAAUGAAUAGUGUAAUAAAUUUAAGACAUUAAACUUAGUCAGCAAAGA